AUGUCGACGGUAGCAAGCGCUACCCCCACUGUGGGCUUCACCUCCACCCUACUCCCAAAGCUCCUAACCCUCAUCACCCAAAAACCCAACCGCAGAAAACUCCUCCUCGCCAUCAUCCUCUACACCGUCUACAAAUACCGUCGCUCCGUUCUCUUUGUCCGCCCCCGCCCCGACCUCCCUGGCCCCCCUGGUCUCCCAUUGAUCGGCAACUUUUGGGAGAUGGCCACCGUCCCCAAGACGGAUUUCCAUCAAUCCCAAGAACGCAACUUUGCGAAAUACGGCAGGGUUUAUACGAUGGCGAUUCCUGGGGUGGGGAGGACGAUUACGGUCAAGGAUCCAGAGAUUUUGGAUCAUAUCUUGAGGACGCAUUUUUGGAUCUAUGAGAAGGGUACUAGGUUUAAGGAGACCCUUGGGCCUCUUGUUGGCGAUGGCAUUUUCUCGGCGGAUGGAGAUCACUGGAAGUGGCAAAGACAGCACGCAAGCAAGAUCUUCACCGUCAAGGCCUUCCGCCAAUACACCAACGACGUCUUUGUCCAGGAAGCUCAACGUGCCGUCAGCUACCUCGAUAAGUUUGCCGACACCGGCAAGUCCGUCGAUCUUCAACGUCUCUUCUACUGCUUCACCCUUGACUCAUUCGGAGAGAUCGCAUUCGGAGAAGUAUUCGGAUGCCUCGACGACCCAUCCCAGGACGUAGAAUUCGCCGCAGCCUUCGACAGACUAAACCACGGCCUCGCCGGUCGCUUCCUCUCCCCCGUCUGGAAACUCGUCGACUGGUGGACCGGUAACGAUCUCCGCGUCGCGGCCGAUCGUGCUAUUGUCCGUAAUUUCGCACAGAAUAUCAUUGAUCGCCGUAGGAGAGAAAGAGCGCAGAUGGGAAAGGUUGAUGAGGGGAAGGAUGUGGGGUUGGGAAAGAAGGAUCUUUUGCAGCUGUUUAUGGAUAUCGGAUCCGAGGAGGGUGGGACACCAUUGUCGGAUGAAAUGUUGGUCGACAGUGUGUUGAACUUUGUCAUCGCCGGGAGGGAUACAACGGCUCAGGCCCUCGCGUGGACAUUCUACCUCAUGCACCGUCGAAAUGCCAACCCUACCAUCAUCCCCCGCAUCCUCGAAGAAACCGAUUCCAUCCUCAAGGGCGGUCUGCCCACCUACGAGACCACCAAGCAACAAAAGUUCACCGAAGCCUGUUUCAACGAAUCCCUUCGUCUCUUCCCCGCAGUUCCUCGAAACGCAAAGAUCUGUACACAGGAUGAUGUGUUGCCAGGCGGGAUUAAGGUGUACAAGGGGGAGAGGGUGACUUAUAAUGUGUGGGCGAUGGGGCGAGAUGAGGAGUUAUGGGGGAAAGAUGCGAGGGAGUAUGAUCCAUCUAGGUGGGAGAAGAUGGAUAAGCCUUCUUCGGCAAAGUUUGCCGCUUUCCACCACGGACCACGUACCUGCCUGGGCCAAGGAUUCGCGGUGACAGAAGCAGUGACACUGAUGUCAAUGCUCUUCCAAAAGUUCACCUUUGAACUCGAGAACCCCGAUCAAAAGGCUACCUACAUGGCCUCGCUUACCCUCCCCAUGGAGAACGGUCUCCGCGUCUACGUUAAGCGUCGCACCGAUUAA